GGGUGCCGACGUGUGUCUUCUCCCUCCUCCUCCUCCGCCGACGACACCGCCACCGCCUCUCGGGUCUCCGUGCUACGCCACCGAACGCACCCAAAGUUAGUCAAUCAAUCCCAGCGGCGUCGUGCUCCCAGAUCCCAGUAGCAGGCGGCCGAUCUGGUGCUGAUGCAGGCGCGCGCGGCAACCUGCGGCGAUGCGGUGGAAGCUUAACACCUCCGCCUACAAGCGAGUGUCGUCCAGGGACGCGCCCAUGGAUCCCGACGUCGAGACGCAACCAAAGAUGCCGUCGGACGGAGCCGGCCCGUCGUGGCGGAUGUCGCUGCCGCACGUGUGCGUCGCCACGCUCACCUCAUUCCUCUUCGGCUACCACUCAGGAGUGGUGAACGAGCCGCUGGAGAGCAUCUCAGCCGACCUGGGCUUCGCCGGGAACACGCUCGCUGAAGGGCUUGUGGUGAGCAUAUGCUUGGGGGGAGCCUUCCUCGGAUGCCUAUUCAGUGGCUCCGUCGCUGAUGGGAUCGGUCGGCGUCGCGCGUUCCAGCUCAGUGCACUGCCAAUGAUCAUUGGUGCUGCCGUCAGCGCUCUCACUUAUAGCCUGGAAGGUAUGCUCUUUGGAAGAUUCUUGGUUGGAAUAGGGAUGGGGUUGGGUCCACCAGUGGCUUCACUCUAUAUAACUGAGGUUUCUCCUCCCUCCGUGAGGGGUACAUAUGGCAGCUUUGUUCAGAUUGCGACCUGUCUCGGGAUCUUAUUUUCUCUCCUAAUUGGUACACCUGUCAAGGACAUUGAUAGAUGGUGGAGAGUGUGUUUCUGGGUUGCGGUUGUCCCAGCAGCCUUACAAGCUAUUGGUAUGGAGUUCUGUGCUGAGAGCCCACAGUGGCUAUAUAAGUGUGGAAGAACAAAUGAAGCAGAAAUUCAGUUUGAGAAGCUUCUAGGCCCUCUUCAUGUAAAAUCUGCUAUGGCAGAACUUUCUAGAUCUGAAAGAGGAGAUGACGGAGAAAGUGUAAAGUACUCAGAGUUGUUUUAUGGUCGUCACUUUAAUGUUGUUUUUAUUGGCACAACGCUCUUUGCUUUACAACAGUUAUCGGGCAUAAAUUCUGUGUUCUAUUUCUCAUCAACUGUGUUCAGAAGUGUGGGCGUGCCCUCUAGCCUUGCCAAUAUAUGCAUGGGGAUUGCAAAUUUAUCAGGUUCUGUCGUAGCUAUGCUUCUAAUGGACAGACUAGGGAGAAAAGUUCUUCUUGCAGGAAGCUUCUUUGGCAUGGCCUUCACAAUGGGACUUCAGGCUAUUGGAGCAAAUCGUCACCACCUUGGUGCUGCAAGUGUGUAUUUUUCAGUUGGUGGCAUUCUGCUGUUUGUUUUGUCAUUUUCGUUGGGAGCAGGCCCAGUUCCAGGACUUCUUCUGCCUGAGAUUUUCCCAAACAAAAUUCGGGCCAAAGCUAUGGCUCUUUGUAUGUCUGUGCAUUGGGUCGUGAACUUCUUUGUCAGUUUGUUAUUCUUGCGGCUUCUGGAGAAACUUGGUCCACAAGUUCUGUACACGAUGUUUUCAUCAGCUUGUGUGGUAGCAGCGAUAUUUGUGCGGCGGCAUGUAGUCGAAACAAAAGGGAAAACUUUGCAGGAGAUCGAAGUUUCACUCUUACAGACACAGUAAAGGUUUUAUUCAGGGGAAUGUCUUAUUCGGUAUUGAUAGGAAUUCGACGACAUAUUUUCGCUGAUCAAGUCUAUUCCCAGCUCAAGUGAACUUGAUGACGUCUUGCAGACAGAAUGCUCUACGCUGGUCUCAGGGAAGUUCGCAGCCAUGCACCUGUGACCACCGGAGAGGCAUACAAUUUUACGCAUACUUAACAGACUGGUGAGGUCUGUUUCUGUAUAGGCUGAUACGUCGUGUGUAUUUAUGUUGUCUUCUUGUUUAAUUGUUGGCCAGUAAGAGAAUAGUGGCGUUUGGUUACUGAUCAAUGUAACUGAGAAGUUGUACCAUGUGUUCGGAAUAACACCAUCUACAUGCCUUGUUGGGCGCUUAUGUAUUCUUAGCCCCCACCUGGGUUCGCCAUACAUCAAAGCAUCAGUUGAAUAUGACAAAUGAAUCAAA